GCAUGUCUGCGGUUGUUUCAAACAUGGAGGAGAGGGAAAGAAGAGGAGAUAAACAACAAAAAUGUCCAGAAUCAGAAAAGAAAGAAUCAACAAGUGCAUGUGCUUCAGAUGCAACCGAACAUACGGCAGAAGAAGAAGAUGAUAUCGCGGCAAAGUUGGACGUCACCUCCGAUAAAUUUGAUCCACUCCUGGCGCUCUACUCGACUACAGUGCCUCUUCCAUACCCCAACGUGAAAUGCUUCAACAACAUUGCGGAGUAUGAGAGCUUUCUGAAGGGGGGGCGGGGCCGCGCCAAGCCGGAGAACGUGGAGAAAAAACAGAGGAAAGCUAGGAAAGGUGUAGCGGAUCCGGAGAGGAUAGAGAAACUGAAGAGGUUGAUGGUGAACAACCCGAUAGAGGGAGAAGAUGGAGAGGAGGGGACCAGCGGCACUGCCCGGCGUUGUAGAAUGCAGAAGGCUGCCAAGAAUGUCCUGACCAGGAUGCCUCGUAUGUCGUGAAUUAUUUCUAGCUAUUGUAGGUCUGCUUUGAAUAAUUUAGUUUUUGGUGGUUUGGUUUCGGAUCAAAACAUGACCUCUUUCAUUCUUACUUAUGAUCAUUGUCUCAUAUUGCCACAUAUAUAGGCAAAUUAAAACACUUUAUUGAUAUGUGGGGCAUUAUUGAUGAGUCAAACUUGUGGUUGACAGCCAGGAGAAUUCUAUUUCAGCCAGGUGAAUUCUAUUUCAUGUCUACUUCCUGUUUAUACAGUCCAUACAGGAAGUCCUCUGGGGGAGCUGCACCGCUGCGUGGAGGAGAGGAUCAGGGUGAAAGUUCACAUCAGAACCUUCAAGGGGCUCCGUGGAGUGUGUUCUGGCUUUAUAGUGGCCUUCGACAAGUUUUGGAACAUGGUGAGAGCUCACCCCCUUCCCUCGCCCUUACCCUACACCGCCUCUCAAAUCAAAUCAAAUCAAAUCAAAUCAAAUUUUAUUGGUCACAUGCGCCGAAUACAACAGGUGCAGACAUUACAGUGAAAUGCUUACUUACAGCCCUUAACCAACAGUGCAUUUAUUUUAAACAGAAAAAGUAAGAAUAAAACAACAAAAAAGUGUUGAGAAAAAAAGAGCAGAAGUAAAAAUAAAGUGACAGUAGGGAGGCUAUAUAUACAAUAGAAUAAAGUGACAGUAGGGAGGCUAUAUAUACAGGGGGGUACCGUUGCAUAGUCAAUGUGCGGGGGCACCGGCUAGUUGAGGUAGUUGAGGUAAUAUGUACAUGUGGGUAGAGUUAAAGUGACUAUGCAUAAAUACUUAACAGAGUAGCAGCAGCGUAAAAAGUAUGGGGUGGGGGGGCAGUGCAAAUAGUCCGGGUAGCCAUGAUUUAGCUGUUCAGGAGUCUUAUGGCUUGGGGGUAGAAGCUGUUGAGAAGUCUUUUGGACCUAGACUUGGCACUCCGGUACCGCUUGCCGUGCGGUAGCAGAGAGAACAGUCUAUGACUAGGGUGACUGGAGUCUUUGACAAUUUUGAGGGCCUUCCUCUGACACCGCCUGGUAUAGAGGUCCUGGAUGGCAGGGAGCUUUGCCCCUGUGAUGUACUGGGCCGUACGCACUACCCUCUGUAGUGCCUUGCGGUCAGAGGCCAAGCAGUUGCCAUACCAGGCGGUGAUGCAACCAGUCAGGAUGCUCUCGAUGGUGCAGCUGUAGAAUUUUUUGAGGAUCUGAGGACCCAUGCCAAAUCUUUUUAGUCUCCUGAGGGGGAAUAGGCUUUGUCGUGCCCUCUUCACGACUGUCUUGGUGUGUUUGGACCAUGAUAGUUCGUUGGUGAUGUGGACACCAAGGAACUUGAAGCUCUCAACCUGUUCCACUACAGCCCCGUCGAUGAGAAUGGUGGCUUACAGACUAGACUAUAGUCUGAUGUAAGACAGUGCUCACAUUACAUUUAACAUUUUAGUCAUUUAGCAGACGCUCUUAUCCAGAGCGACUUACAGGAGCAAUUAGGGUUAAGUGCCUUGCUCAAGGGCACAGACAGAUUUUUCACCUAGUCGGCUCGGGGAUUAGAACCAGCGACCUUUCGGUUACUGGCACAACGCUCUUAACCACUAAGCUACCUGCCGCCACAUAACCUUACACAUCGCUGUCCUCUCUCUCACUCACACUCUAUUCCCUCUCCUCUCUCUCUCCCUGCCAGGCGAUGGUAGAUGUAGAUGAGACCUACAGGGAACCUCUGCUGGGUGAAGCUCUCUACCACGAGAAGGCCCUAACUGUCACACGGGUAGGUCUGGCUGCCACCGAAGGGCUCUGAUCCUCUAGUCUAGUGGUGCAUUCUAGAGAAUAGGGUGUUGUUUUGGAUGCAGAUGAUGACAUUUCCAGAUCAUGUAACACUCACUAAAAAAGGUACAGCCAUUAUCAUUCUCUGCAUUCAGAAAACAAACUCAUUAGCUAUCGCAAAGACUGUUUUAACCCCUUUGUCCCCCCUCUCCUUCUGUAGCUCUUUGACAAGUUGAAACUCCAGGAGAGUGCGGCGCUGAGAGAAUGUGAGAAGAAGCAGAUAGACAAGAGGAAAGCUGAACCCUUCCAUCCCCCGUCUGAGACCCAAACCAGAGACGGCAGACGAGGGGACCUCAGGAGGAGAGGGGACCCUAGGGCAGUGGACCCCCGACUUGCGAGGGCCACAGUGGGCAAUGAACCUGGAGCCCUAGGGGCCACAGCUAAGACCCAGGGGUCAAAUGUUAAAGGUCAGGAGUCAGGGACCGAGGGGCCCCAGAGAAGAGGGCCCCAGCCCUACGGGAGGGUUCACACACGCCACGUCAACCAGCUCUUCAUACGGGGAGAGAACGUGCUUCUAGUCAACCUACAACCAUUCUGA